CCUUAAACUUGGCUGAAGAGAAAGGCGAAAGCAUUGUUCCUCGAGCGCCUCGGGAAGAGGAUCUGAGGAGAAGAUAAGGAUUGGACAGCGAUGUUAUGGGUAUUCGUUGAUGGGAUGCAACUUUGAAGAAGAAAAAAAGCGCAGGAAAGUUGGAGUCUCGUGUUGUCGCUAAGCAGUGUGGUUUGAAGUGGGGUUUUUUUUUUUGGAGGGGAGAAAGGGAUUUAAGUAAGUGAGCCAAAUUGCUCACUCGUCUGGAAGUGGUGUGAACUUUUCCCCUUCAAAUUCAUACAGACUUACAAGUCAGUAGUGGAAAAUUUGUUUGAAAAUUGAUCUCUGAUAAUGUUCAACUUCAAGUCGUCUGAUAAUAACGGAGAAGAAACAUCUUUUUAAGGGAGAGCCGGAAGGAAUUAGAAACCUUGACGGAUCCGACUUCCAGCAACAUGACCUCCUCUGGACUGUAUCCAGGCCCUCUGCUGGUGCUGCUCUGUCUCCUCCACGGCUCUGAGGAGAUCUGUCCCUCCGUGUGCCUCUGUGUAUCUGACACAGUGAGCUGUAGCUCCAGCGGUCUGACCAAGAUCCCUAUGUCCCUGCCCUCCUCCGCCGUCACCCUCGACCUCAGCCACAACCAUCUGUCCUGGCUGGGUCCGGGCAGUUUCAGGAGGAUGCUCCGAUUGGAAAACCUCCGGAUGGCCCACAACCAGCUCGGCUCCCUGGGCCACGGAGUGUUUCGCAACGCCUCCGGACUCAGGCACCUCGACCUGUCCUCCAACAAGUUGAAUGUGGUGGAGCAGCACUACUUCCAGGGGCUGUGGAGGCUGGAGGAGCUCCUUCUCUUCAACAAUAAGAUCACGCAGGUGGAGGCCGGCACGCUGAGCGGCCUGAGCAGCUUGAAGAAGGCCUACUUCAGCAUCAACCAGAUCACGCACUUCCCGUUUUUCUCCAUCCAGGACCACAGCCACCCUUUCCUGACCAUGCUGGACCUCUCGUCCAACCGUAUGAGUCGUCUGCCGUGGGAGGACGUGAAAGCUUUGCCCCGGCUGGUACAGCGGGGGCUGUACCUCCACAACAACUCUCUAAUCUGCGACUGCUCCAUGUACAGCAUGUUCUGGCACUGGGAUCUGCGGGGUUAUGACUCACUGAAGGACUUUAGGGAGGAGCACACUUGCACCAUCUACGGGAACCCACGAGGGUCCAUCCGGUUCCUGCGGCAGACCCGCUUCUUCCACAACUGCACCGUGGAGAGAGCCGUCUCGCUGCCGGUGACUGUGCUCCUCUCGGACGUGAUGGUUUUCGAGGGAGAAAGAGUGCGUUUAGACUGCCAAACGUCCCUGAGUAGCACAAACCUCUCAUUUACAUGGCUCUCCCCCAGCAAGGGGUACAUCGCCCAGACUAGCAUAAAUGACACACUAAUUAGCCUGUUUCCUAAUGGUACCUUGGAGAUCCACGCAACCAAGGUCAAUGACUCAGGUUUGUACGUGUGCACAGCUGUGGAUAUUAAACAGGCACUGAACGCGACCCGGGAGGUGAAUGUGACGGUGGCGCUGCCUGCGGCGGUGUCAUUCAACACCGGCUACACAACGUUGCUGGGCUGCGUGGUGACCAUGAUCUGCAUCCUCAUAUACCUCUACAUGACUCCUUGUCGCUGCAGCUGCUGUAAACAGCCCAGACUUCCAGCCAUCCCAAUUGCGACCUACGACCCCAGCACUCUUACUUCUGUUUUCUCCCCCUCCACAAGAGACCAGAACAGAAUCCAAACUAACAAGCACGUAGCAUUCAUGGAGCCGAUGCUGAGUGAAGAAGGAACAGAGUGGACACCUGAAAGUUGAUGGCGAACAAGGUUUUUUUUUUCUUUUACUUUUUUUGAGGUGGAAACUAAAAGACCUCUGGACAAAGCAAAACUCCUUACUCAGGAAUUAGUGGUUAGCUGCAAUGAAAAGUGAGUGGUGACACUGCAAAGGGGGGGAAAAAAAGAACAUCAUGUCUCUUUCCUGACUGCCAGCUGCAGUUAAAAAGCCUAUUGAACAAAAAAAAAAAAAGCAAUAUCUCCUGUUCCACUGCUACUCUUCUCUGUCAUUUGAGCCCAGCAGUCGAAAUGAAAGUUUCAGCGUUGGUUUAUUACCCUCAGUGUACUGACAUUGCUAAAUCACAGUAGAGCCAUUAUCAGCCCUAAAAAUCAGCUAAUAACUUCUCUGUGUACUCAGGUACGGCACUAGGGUGGGGGAAUAUUUCUCCCGGGAUCAGAGAGUGAAUCUGCCUCACUUUUUCACAGAAAGUGUUUAGCGAGGAUUAAAAGCCCCGGAAAAAGCGCUGUAAGUUCGUGACUGUGACGGACUGCAGGGAGGAAGUUCAGCCUGUGUAUCUUGGUUGAGUUGAAGUGCUCCAUAAUUAGUGUGGUAGACAAAGGCAGUGAAGCUGAAGAUAACUUAUAAUAUACAGCCCAUAUUUCUUAUAAUAUGUAGCUUAGACACAAAGCACCUAAAACUCCUGAAAGUCCUGAAAACUUCUGUUCCCUGUGUUGCUAAUAAAGGAUUUGUUCCCUUUAGAUCAGUUGCCUGCUCUGCUGAUAUAGUUUUGGUUUUGAAGGAAAUUUUUAGCGAAUCUACUACUAUCAAGAGGAAUUAAGAUACAGCAAGAAAAGCAAUAAAUAUGUCAGUGCAGAAGCCAUAGCUUUCAGCAAACAUUUAAAAACCUUAUCUAGCAGAAAACAGAGGUGCAUCCUGCAGUGAUCCAUCAUUCAUAGCCUAUACUGUUCAUAAUACCUCAUAUAAACCUGUUGCAUUAAUCCGCCAGCCAAAAACAAUGACUCUCUAUCUGUGCCCUGCUUAUCUGGCAAAUAGCGAAGUACAGAAAUCAGGAGUGUCAACAAACCCAAAACAAACAGCAAUUGGACCGCUCUUCAAAAGACAGCAUCUCUUUGAUCGAACGCAGCAGAGCGCUGUGAACGCCGCGGAACAAACACAACCACAAAAUUUGAACUGAAGUGACAAAUACUUCAAGCAGCUCUGACGCAAAAAAAAACCCCGAAGGGCGCAUUAGUUUGUAUAGCUUUCUUUUUUUUUUUUUAAUUCAGUGUAACAUGCUUCAAAAUGACAGAAUUACACACUGCAACGCCAGAGAUGAAAGAUGCUGAGGAAGGACUUGCCAUGAAAGAACAUAAGUGUGUGGGAUGGGAACAUUAAGUCGAUGACAUGAAAGACCAAAGAGAGCAUAUGGGAGGGUGGUCCGGGGAUGAGGAGAUAUUUAAAACCUGAUGAGACAAACAGUUCCCUCACAAGAAACAAAUCAAUUUCUUUAUAUCCGUGCAUCCACAAUGUUUGGAGAUUGUAGUUUAAUCUCAAUGCAAACACCGGCUAGGACUAUGGAUUGCAUCGAGAUUAAAUAGGAUUAGAUGUAAUCCUUCAUAUAAUGUCAAAGAGAAGUUGUCAGUAACCACGCAUCUCACAAAAGGAGAGCAUGUCGUUAGAGGAGGGGCCUUUGAUUAUUUCUAAAUCCUUAAUUAAAACUUGACUCCUUUCAAGCCCCAGAGGACUAAUAUAGUUGCACAACUUGAAUGUAAAUUCGCAGACAAAAACGGUGGAAAUCUAAAAUCAAAUGGGUAGCCGUGCAUGCAACUGGGACAGACUAGCUGAGCUUCAUCACUUUUAACCUCUCGGGGAUUAAACAAAAAUCCGUUAGACUAGGAGAGCACUGUAUUGUGAUGCACCACUCUGUUUAAUCACACCGACUGGUUAUAUUUAGCAAAGUUUUCACAGUAGUAGGCAAAACAUUCAAACUGCUGAACAAAGAUUAUGUAACACGGCGCUAUGUGUGUGUGUGUGUGAUGUAACGUCUAGUAUCAGAGACGUGACCCGUUGUUUUUCAGAGGCGGUGUAUUAGAGACAUUACAUGGUGUGAUGACUUGGGGUUAGGUUUUAGGAGAUUACCUCCAGGAUAAAAACCAGGUGCUUUGUCAAUUUCAGUGUUUUUAAAUCCCUCUAAUCUGGUUCCGCUCUCUGACACAGCUGGGUUGGGAUUUAUUGUCUCUGAUAUGAUUAGCAGACGGGUUAAAACAUCGAGGACACGAUGUGAGCGUUUCUAUUCAAGGGCUUUCUAUUUCACAGGUUACCCUGGUUAUGUAACCGCGUUGCUGAUUUAGGGAAUCAAGCUCAGUGUAGGCAGCAUGUCAGAGUUACAAUGAGAGAAGUUACUAUCCUGAUGCCAUUUGGUAUCCAGCGUUUUAUUUUAACCUUGUGACAGCAAGUACUUCACGGAUAAUGGGAGGCCUCGGCAGUGCAUUUUG